GGGUAUUAUAUAUGGAAUUGGCACUGUAUUUAUCCUGCUGUGUGUUCUGGGGUAUUAUACAGUAUUGGCACUGUAUUAUUCCCUUUUUAGUUUUUUACUCCCACCCCCCCCCGGCCCUGGAAGUUUUCUCUUUUCCUUUCAGUGUGAGCAAUUGUUUCAUAUAGUCUCUAUCUCUCCAAUCUGUUUCCCUUGCGGCUGAUGAAAUUCCAUAUGGCGCUCAGAAGUGCCUAUUAUGUCCCCCCUCUUGGUGCACUUCUCGGAGUUAUACAAACACAUCCUCUCUUUGUUCGGCUGUGUACAACAGACAAGAGGCUGUGAAAUGAGUUUGCAGCAAAGUGGACAGUCAGUCCUCUUCGAGGUCUGGCUUCUACAUUCAGGAGUGAGAACAAACGGUGCAGAGAAUAUAAACAGCCAGGUUUGUUUUUUUUUGGUUUGAAUUGGUUUAGUUCAGGGUUAAAUGUUAUAUAAUCUCAAGAUUAUAAAUUAGUAUAAAGGGCUAAUAAUUUCAGGGCGGUGCUGUGACCAGUGCCCAAACUCAUUUUCCAUCCUUUGGUUCCCUAUGUGUAGAUAAUUGACCGGAUCAUUUGUGCCGGCUAAAAGCCUUAUCAUUCCAGAUUGAUCCGGGCUUGUUCCCAGGAAGCGGCCGGACUCCUUGGCUCCCUUAUGAACUACAGAGUGAAUUUGCUCUUUACAAACUUCUGUAUCUAUUGAGCAGCCAAUUUGUCACCUACAGACAGUCAGGGAAGUGUUUUGGCACCGGCCUUGGUCAUUUUCAGUUCAUUAGGGAGUUGCUGGGAGUCUGGCAUACUGCACAAUGACACUGCUAAGGACAAACUUGUUAUCCUUUCAAAAGGGGGAACCCGGGGUGCUAACGACAUCACUGUUUGCCUUUGUCCGCAGGUCGAGAAUCCGCCUGUAGCCUAAGAAACAUGGCGGAAUGUACCUGCUUUUUUUGCAUUUUGCCCCUGUGAUAAUGAGAUGAGCCCAUAAUUCCUGCUACUUGUGUCGGUGAUCUGUAUGUUGUGGGAGCAAAAACAAAGAAUUUGUCUGCAUUUUUGCAAUUAUUCACUCAGCGGCGGCUGGUUGCUCUAAUAAGUAAAAAAAAGAGUGCCAGCUCUAUUGCCCAUAACUACCCAGUAAAUACUACAUGGGAGCUUAAUAUGUCUUGCAUAUAGGCCCUUGUGUUUGACUGUUGUCUGUAAGGCCAUGAGCAUUUUACAAAUAAGACACGUUGACCAGUGGCCAUGCCUGUGUCCCACCCAAACAGAUCCCACUCCCUUCUCAUCUGCCUUUUAAUGAAGCAAGGGAUGCAAACAAUGGGAAAGGCUUGGCAGACUGAAUACGGGUCGGGCCCCUCUGUAAGUGGUGCUUGUGAGCCGUGAAUCAGCCCUGAGCAGUACGAGGCACAGCUGUUUGGGAGACAGCCCCUGGAAUAGACUUGAGAAUCGAUUGGAUUUAAAGUGAAGCAGGUGAAGGAAGGACCAAGGUGCCACAGUGAGCAGAAUGAACAUCCGUUAGGACCUUGAUACCUUCCUGCUCCCCUCCGCUACUCAAGGACUCAAGAAUGUACCAAGUGCUGCUCCGUGGGGUUUUUCUCCUAAUCUGCAGUUACCUGUCUUCCGCCCUAGUGUUCCCCAAAGACCUCACGCCUAUUAGAAUCAUAGAGGCACUAACCACUUCAUCAUAUCCAUGGUUUCGGGGACUGGCCAGCGAUGAUGACACAGCCCUCCUAGGACUUGACUUUCAGAAGAUGCUUAAACUGAAUCAAACGCUAUUCAUAGCUGCAAGAGACCAUGUUUAUGCUAUUGAUCUGCGCAGAGCCAAAGAAGCAAUUAUUCCAGAUAAAUAUGUAACGUGGAAGACCCAAGCUAUGGAGAACUGUGCAAUGAGAGGCAAGCAGAGGGACGAGUGUUACAACUACAUCAAGGUCCUGGUCCCCAAGAAUGACCAAACCCUCAUCGCAUGUGGCACCAACUCAUUCAACCCCAUGUGCAGAAACUACAAGAUCAAGACUCUUGAACAGGAAGGAGAAGAGUUUAAUGGUCAGGCCCGUUGCCCUUUUGAUGCAAAACAAGCCAACGUCGCCCUGUUUGCAGAUGGAAAUCUAUACUCUGCAACAAUGGCGGACUUCCAAGCCAGCGACGCUGUUAUAUACCGCAGCCUUGGGGAAAAGAGCCCUGUCCUCCGCACUGUUAAAUAUGAUUCCAAGUGGCUGAGAGAACCGCAUUUUAUCCAUGCAGUGGAAUACGGAAACUAUGUUUAUUUUUUCUUCCGGGAGAUUUCGAUGGAAUACACCACCAUCGGGAAGGUUACCUUCUCUCGAGUUGCCCGCGUCUGUAAGAACGACAUGGGAGGCUCCCCCAGGGUUCUAGAGAAGUACUGGACCUCAUUCCUGAAAGCUCGCCUCAACUGUUCCGUUCCUGGAGAUUCCUUCUUUUAUUUCGACGUCCUCCAAUCUGUCAGUGACAUCCUUACUAUCAACAACCGUCCAGCGGUCAUAGGCGUGUUUGGAACCCAGGCCAACAGUAUCACGGGUUCUGGGGUCUGUGCCUACUACAUGGAUGAUAUUGAAAAGGUCUUCAAUGGGAAGUUUAAGGAACAGAAAACUACAGAAUCUGCAUGGACCCCAAUUCCAGAAGACAAAGUUCCUACUCCAAGGCCUGGGUGCUGUGCCGGAUUUGGAAAAGGAGCUUCCUACAAGACAUCGAAUGAGUUUCCCGAUGAAACGCUCUCUUUCAUCAAAUCUUAUCCUCUGCUGGACGAGGCAGUGCUCUCCAUCACUGAGACACCCUGGUUCACAAAAACAACCAGCAGGUUUAAGUUGACCCACCUAGCUGCUGACACCUCAGCUGGACCUUAUGGGAACUUUACUGUUUUGUUUCUGGGAUCCGAGGAUGGGAAGGUCUUAAAGGUCCUCUCCAGUACAACAGAAAACUCAACAGUGGAAACGCUUCUCCUUGAAGAUAUAAAUGUCUACAACCCAGCUAAGUGCAACGUCAAAAAGGAGGACAGGAGGAUUCUGGGACUGCAGCUGGACCGGGAGAAUCAUGCUUUGUUUGUAGCCUUCUCAAGCUGCAUCAUUAGAGUGCCCUUGAGCCGGUGUGAAUUGUAUGGCACAUGCCGAAGGAGCUGUCUGGCGUCUAGAGAUCCAUACUGUGUUUGGCUUAAAUCCGGAGCCUGUGCCAGCUACCGCAAUGAUAUAAGGAGUAGCUUUGAGCAGGAUAUUGGGCAGUCGAAAAACUGGGGAAACUGCCAAGACGUUGUCACCUCUUCAGGAAGCGUCCACAGUGAAGGGGAUUCGGCUUAUGGGAAAGCCCCGCCCAGCGGUGACAUCGCCAUUGACAGUGUCGCCUCCCUUGGGCAUGUGACUCGCCUGGGCUAUUCCCCGCCAGGUGUGACAUCUGACGGUUAUUACCAACUCUCUGCCUGGCACACUCUUAAAACCCAGGGAGUGCGCCAGGAAGUUGGAUCCACAGAAAUUACCAAAAGUGUCCAUUUUACUUUCCUCAUUGGAUGUGUCUUUGUUGCUUUUGUGGUGGGAGCCAUAUUCUCAGGCUUGUUUGUCUCCUGCUACUGCAAUCACAUGUUUCAGAAAAACAAACAUGUUGGAAGAGACCCAGAAUCUAGUCUCCAAAGACCUCUAUCCUUGAGAAGUCUGGCAAAGAUGAAUGGCCUUUUAGAAAGCCAGUCUAAAGAAGGAAGGAUGGAACCUACAUCUCCAAAGCUUUAUACCACAUUGCUUCACAGUGACAAAGAGCAAACAACUGAGACAACUAAAGCCGAAUCAAAAGACCACCUAGAACUCUCUGGGCUUCCCACUCCAGAAACUACACCGGAACUGCCAAUGAAAAACUUAAAGGCGUUCAAGAACCAAUGGGAAAGGAACCAGAAUUGCAACAAUGCCAAAGAGAUUCAGGGGAAAAGCCCUGUAUUUCACUUCCCGGUUUCAAACUCCCAAGUGUUUCAGUUUCCAAGUACUCUGGUCCUACCAACGAACAUGCAUGGAUAUGACCAACCUCUCUCAGGCUAUGUAGAUGAUAAGAAAAUACCCAAUUCUGAACGAGCUCUAAUUAGGCAUUCCCAGUGCUAUCUGCCAAAAGGUGUUGAGAUGACUACACUGGAUGAACUUCUGAAGCACCUUCCAGAAUCUAGUGGGUCACCGAGAAAUAUGUCAGGUAUGAUGGCCAUUAGCCCACAAGCUGUGAGUCCUCAUUCACCUAUGUCCUUUAUCAACAAGGUUCAGCCUAAAAUCCCUGACACAGAAAGUGCACCUUAUUAUAGCUCUUCCACCCUUCCAAGAGAUAGUCUGCCUAGAAGGCUGGAUAUCCCACCCGAUGUGACGCCUCAGUCUUGUUUGGAGAAACAAUCAAGAGCCCAGAGACAUUCAUUAUCUUCUGGACAUAAACUAAUGAACAUUGGUCCAGGUGGACCAAUGAUUUCACGACAACACAGCCUGGGCCAAGGGAAUAGACAACACCCACCUCCACUCCUGACAAGGAUGCAUUCUACUGGUACUCCUGUUCCCAUGGAAAGCCACAAUGUCUUUCUGUCUCGCCAGCUUAGUUACCAGGAACAAACUGCUAUGUCAAGGAGCAUGGUAAAAAGGACCCUGUCCUUAAGACCAGAUGUGCCACCCACUUCAGUGUUUUUGCCAUCCUCACCUGUGAAGGAGGCAGCCCAGUUCAAGUAUUAAUAUCCUCGGUUUGGCUUUUCUACCAGCUGAUGACACCAAGAAAACAGUGAAGCUCCUUCGACAAAAAUGUGAAUCAGAUUGUCUGCACUUUGCCUUGGUGCUCUGAAAUUCUCUCACUUGGACUAGAGUUCUUCACUCAUGUUAUUAAGUCAACUCCAGCAACAUGGUGGUUAGGGAAUUGAAACAGAGAGCUGUUGCAAGCAAUGACAAUGACCAUUAUUAACAACCAUUGGAACUGCCUUGAAGUUCAAGUGACAGCUUAUAACAUGCUGUAGAUGAUCGACAAUGGGUCGCUGUUAAACCUUUUUUGUGUGUGUGGUGUCAUAGAUUGCAUACAUCUCCAGAGCUGAGAGGGUGGGGAACAGCAGGCCAUUCAGUGGAUGGUUGAACAUUCUGUUUGAUGGGAGACUGAAGAUAAGCAAAAUGGCUGGUGCCCAUGGACUUUAAUUAUCUGUAUCCCUGAGCCGAAGAUUCAAUGCUGUUGAGGCACAUGAAACAAAUUAAGCGCUUUUUCAUUGCUAACGUUGACAGUAUGAAAGGAUACCUCAAGAGGAUUAGAUGAAAUGUAAAUUAAUUUAUAUAUAUACAUACAUGUGUAUAUAUAUUUAGAUAUAUAUAUAUAUAUUUCACAAGGUUACUUACUCCAUGUAAAAGGAGAUUAAUAUACCCUACUGUGUAGGGGCAAGAAAUUCACUAUUAAUAUUGCUGACAUUGU